AUGUCUGACGACGAAGUUGACACUGAGCUUCUGGAACUUCUCCGCCAACAUCUUCAGGGGAAGAUCGAAGUCCACCAGGAGCCCGAGACAGGUGUUCUCGAGAGUGCUGAAUAUGUCUACGAUAGCUGUAUCGACAUCGCCGUUGAUAUGCGUGCAUCAAAAAGGGCGGCGGAGAGCAUAUACAAGCAAAUGCAGCAAAAGAGCUACUCAACUGCCACCUGGUCAGAGCAUGAACUUCAUCCCAAGGCCAAGGAUGAAAACACGGUUAACUUCAUCUUCACCAUGGACUUGCUGAACUUUUCCUUCUGGUCUGAGUUGCCUGAUGAUGAAAGAUUUGCCAUUGAAUAUCGCGGAGAGAGGUGGACCGGUUAUUGGAGUUUGGUGGCAGCCCUCCAAAGGGCCCUUGACGAAGGCACCCCUAUUACAGAUCCUUUCUACUGGCAAAAUGAGCAAGAGUGCACUCUCGAGUCUCUCAGGCAUGUCUUUAGGUCUUGUACCGAGGAGGAGAUACCGCUGCUUGAGGAGCGCUUAGACUGCCUUCGAGAAGCCGGUCAGGUUCUUUGCCAACACUACGAUGGUUCUGUUGUAGAGCUCAUUUACGCAGCCGAUGGUUCUGCAGCACGCAUGGUAAACUUACUGGCACAAGACUUUGGCUGUUUCCGAGAUGAACAUCGCUACGAGGACGGCAAGAUGAUCCGCCUCAUGAAGCGAGCUCAGAUCCUCGUUGCUGAUCUUUGGGCUUGUUUCAAUGGCGAAUCGUACGGCGAAUUUCACGAUAUCGACAAGAUCACCAUGUUUGCCGAUUAUCGUAUCCCUCAGAUCCUCAUGACCAUGGGUGCUUUGUAUUGUUCUCCGGCCAUUGCAGCAACCAUCAAGGACAAGAAAAUGAUCGAGAGUGGAUGCGCAUGGGAGUUACAGAUACGGGCUUGCAGUAUCUGGUGUGUCGAGUUGAUUCGAAGGGAAAUUAUGCGUCAACACCCUGGCGCCCAUGUCAAUGCCAUCCUUAUAGACUUUUUCCUCUAUGACAGCAUGAAGGAACUAGAAGCGGCUGGAAAGGAACCCAUUCCUCAUCAUCGGACUAGAAGCAUCUGGUACUAG